AUGGCGAUCGUCUCGGCCUAUACCAUCAUACGCGCGCUGGCGCUCUUCCACGUCACCCUCGCCGUCUUCAUCCUGCGGAAUCCGAGGAUGAUUGCUGAACAGAACAUUGUCUUCUUGCUGGGCGAAGCCAUGCAGCUGCCGACGCCCCGUGAAUUCCUCAAACCCUCAGCUGCCACCGGCUUCAUCGCAGUCCUGCUCGCCUUCCUCGGCAUCACCGAUCUCACCGCGCUCUCCAUGUCGGAAGAAGCUACGGAAGCAUAUUGGGGCACGCAAACACCCGUCCGGCUCGCCUUCCUGUUCGGCCUGACGGGAUAUUCGUAUGCGUUCAAGCAGGGAGGCAUCUUCGCGAGCAGCGGGCGGGGCGCGGGUGAUCACUUAAAGAAUAGUGUCGUGUUUGCAUUCGGAUUCGUGGAGCUCACCAUCUGGUUCUGGGUAUUCAUCACAUUGCGCGACGAGCGGCGACAGCGAGCCAUACGCCUGUUGGAGAGGAGAAGGGCGGAGCAGAACAUGCUGUAG